AUGGCCGUGCCAACACCGACCAAGCUGGGGCAUCUGACCCCACGACUGCUGCGAAUCUUCAUUCUCGCGUCAAUCGGGGCCAUGAACUUUGGUUACGACAACAACUGGUGGUCGGGGGCGAUUGCAUCCAAGGAGUUUAACGCCGACUUUGGUCGAUAUGUCGACGGCCCUGAUCAGCCCAAGAGGCUGCCCUCGAGCUGGCUCUCCACCGCCAGCGGGACUCCCAUUGCCGGCUGGAUCGUGGGCUGCUUCGUUGCGAGCUAUCUAACCAGCAGCCUUGGUCGUAGAAAGACAAUCAUGAUCCUGUGUGCCGUCGGCCUGGUUGGAAUAAUCAUAGCAGUGCAUGUAUGCAUGGCCAUCCAUGUCAAGAUUUGCCCACGGAGCGGUGCCGAGGAAAGCCUUAUCGUCCGCACCGUUCAAGGUUAG